CAGUCGCGUGGUGCAUACGUGUUCACGCGCACGUGGAAAAUAUCAAACCAUAUUUACGUCCUAGUAUGGUCACUCUAAUCGACCAUCCAGCUAUUCCGCACUGACACCCAUCGCUAAUAUUCAGCUGGUCCUCCCCCUCCCCUCUCAUUGGUCUCCAACAAUGUAUCUCUCGCCCUCGAUGAAACGCACGCUAACCCUCGUGCUGGCCACCUUCUUGGGGCUUGUGUGUGGAACAGUCUACUUAUACAGCUCCUACAGUCCGCAGUUCGCAGCCCGCUUGGGCUACACGGUGUCACAACUGUCAGCCAUCGCAAUGGUGGGUACCAUGGGCUCCGCGCUCUCGGGCCCCGUUGCGGGGCUCGUGGUGGACACCUGUGGCUACACCCUUUCGCUCGUGACGGGUGGUACGCUCAUCGUCGCGGGCUACGUCGGGAUGAAGUUCCAGUACGACCAAACCGCCUCCAGCGUUCUUUUCUCGUGUGUACUCUACUUCAUGGUGGGCGCGGGGUCCACCUUUAUCAACUCCGCGAACUUGAAAUGCUGCGCGGUCACGUUUCCCGGGAUCAAGGGCAUUGCGACGGCGCUUCCGCUCCUGAUGUACGGGCUCAGCGCGUCCGUGUUUUCCUUCUUAGGGUCUGUCUUUGUUCCAGGUGACACGUCGCGCUUCUUGGGGCUCUUGGCGGUGGUGAAUGCCGCCAUCUUCGUGGUGUGCGCGCCGCUUGUGUGUAUGUGCGACGACGUGAAGAGUCGCUCGUCAGGGCGCGAUACACCUAAAAUGUUGGAGCUCGAGACGUUCACGUCCGCAAAUAUGCUGCCGCGCGUGGCACAUGUGGCCCCGGAAAUCACUGGCAGCGCGCUUUUCCGCGACCCUAAGUUCUGGGGGCUCUUUAUCGCGCUUGGCGUGUUUGCGGGCUUGGGCCAGAUGUACAUUUUUUCCGUCGGCUUCAUGGUCUCCGCGCUCACCGGCGGCUACGACUUCCUCGUAACCCAUCCCAGUGCCGUCACCCUCAUCCAGCAGGAGCAGCAAUAUCAAGUUGCGGUGCUCUCGGUCGCGAACUGCGCAGGUCGCAUUGUGAGUGGUGCCGUCGGUGACCUCGUGACGCGGCGCUUCCUGCAGCUGCGCAUUGUCGUGUUGCUUGUGCCUGCUGUGGGCUUUGUCGUAAGCCAACUCUUGGGCGCGCGCAUGCCGUUGAAGGACUUGUGGCUCGAGUCGGCGCUCACCGGGGUGGUCUAUGGGUUUACCUAUUGUGUGUUUCCGUUGACGGUGGCCGAUAUGUUUGGGAUGGCGAACUAUUCGUUGAACUGGGGGAUUGUGGGUCUUGCGCCCAUCCUCCCGGCGUACAUGUACAACAGCUACUUUGGAAAGGUCUACGAUGCGAACGUGGUGGAGAAGGAGUUUAACGGAGCGAUUAUUAAGGCAUGCAAUAUUGGGCGUGACUGCUAUGACAAGGUGUUUUAUAGGAACUUGUGGAGCGCGUUUGUGGGUGCCGUGAUGGUUAUCUGGCUUGUCUGGAGGGUGGCGGAGGAACAAAGAAAGACGUCGAGAAGGGAAUAGGGUCGAGGCAAGGUUCCAAAUAAAUGGAGAGACAACUUUGUGGUUUUUUCGAAAGCUUUGGCUGGAAGAGCUGAGCUCAAAAUUGACGGUUGAGCAUAAGGCCUAGAAAAUGUUCUACUUGGAAGACGUUACGAGUUAGUGUUACUCAGGAUGCCGAUAAAUUGCUGACAGUUCUGACAAUAGAUGGCUAUUCAGCUCUUGGAAUUAAUGAAAACCAUCAAAGGAGUGCUAACAAUAUCAGUUGACCACCUUUUUGUGAGUGGUUUUGACCACUAAGGAUUUG